CUCGACGUUUCCGGAGUAGUUUCUGGAGAAGUAAUAAUAAAGAUAAUAGCGUUAGUAAAUGUAGUAAUAUUAUCGGGAUUUUCCAUGUUUCAUAAUGGAUAUUUUAAAGGCAGAAAUUGCAAGGAAGAGAAAAGCGUUGGAAGAAAAUCAGUUAGUUGGGGAAUCCAAAAAGAGUUUUAAGCGCAGUGAGCUUAUUAAAAAAGAAGAAGAAUCAUACUAUGAAAGAAGUGGCUAUAAGAUUAUUAAUGAGAAGCCUGCAGAACAGGUAUUUAAGAAAAAUGAUAAGGAUGAACCUUCCACUUCUAAUCAAGUGCUGGAGCUGGAGCUAACGGAAGAGAAACUACCCAUGACACUGUCCAGACAGGAGGUAAUAAAAAGGCUGCGAGAAAGAGGAGAGCCCAUACGUUUAUUUGGAGAGUCUGAUUAUGAUGCAUUUCAACGUUUAAGAAAAAUUGAAAUUUUAACUCCUGAAGUAAACAAGGGGCUGAGAAAUGAUUUAAAGGCUGCACUGGAUAAGAUAGAUCAGCAGUAUCUAAAUGAAAUUGUUGGAGGUCAAGAACAGGGUGAAGAUGAUUCGCAAAACGAUUUAAAGGUGCAUGAAGAAAACACAACAAUUGAGGAACUAGAGGCUUUAGGAGAAUCCCUUGGAACAGGUGAUGACUAUAAGGACAUGGAUAUUAUAAAUAAAGUCUUGAGGUUUCUUCUUGGAGUAUGGGCCAAAGACUUGAACAGCAGAGAAGACUAUGUAAAAUGCAGUGUUCAGGGUAAAUUAGCCAGUGCAACUCAGAAGCAAACAGAAUCUUACCUCAACCCUCUAUUCAGAAAACUUCGGAAAAAGAAUCUUCCUGCUGACAUCAAAGAAUCAAUUACAGAUAUUAUAAAAUUUAUGUUGCAAAGAGAAUAUGUCAAGGCCAAUGAUGCAUAUCUUCAGAUGGCUAUUGGAAAUGCUCCAUGGCCUAUUGGAGUAACUAUGGUUGGUAUUCAUGCUCGUACAGGUCGUGAGAAGAUCUUCUCAAAACAUGUAGCUCAUGUUCUCAAUGAUGAGACUCAGCGGAAGUACAUUCAGGGUCUGAAGAGAUUGAUGACAAUUUGUCAGAAACAUUUUCCUACUGACCCAUCAAAAUGUGUGGAAUACAAUGCAUUGUAACUCCAAAAAUGUAUAUAUAAUUUUGCUUCAGGAGAUUUUUAAUUCCAAUGAACAGUAAAUAGUCUUCAUUCUAGAACUCUUGCUGAAAUUAUGAUCAGGGGACAAAAGGCAGCAUUUGAGGACGUACAUAUCACAUAACCCAGAGAGAAAAGAACCUGGCCCUUUGUAAGGCAAACUCGUAUCUGUAAUAAAGUUAGAUCUGUUUGUUUGAAGAUGCAAUUGUGAGAUUUACAGUUUUAUGUAAAGUCCGAACUUUGAGUUUAAACAUUUAUGAAGCAGCUUGCUCCAAUAAAACGCUGGGAAAUGUCUGUUUAUUUACAAGGACUUGCAUCAUUUUUUUUUUUUGCUUUAUUAUGUUUAACAGGGUUGAAGGCUACACAAGGUCUCUCUUUGUUUUAUUCAAAUUCCUAAUCGUGGUGUUCAGUUUAAACUUACCCUCCUGCUGGGAGCUGAAAUUCAGGGUGCACUCUUGUUACGUUAGUAAUUAGUGACAUGAAUUGUCAUUCUUGCUUAUUUAACAUUUUCAGGUACUUUUGGUGUGGAUGUAAUUCAGAUCAAUUUAAAAUUACACUCCAGGAUAAUUUUUCAUAGAUCACUAAGAGUAUAAUUCUGAACUACUGGAUCUUUGGUGACCACUUUCAGUGUGCUUUUUGAAGAAAGAAAUGUUUGCCAUGAUUAUGUAUGCUCCUCAUUUGGUCAGUAUUCUGUUAUUAUUACUAGUUGUGUAUUUUAAUCUUGGUGUGAAAUAGGUAAGCAAAUAUUUUUAAGAAAAAGUGCAGUCCAUGUUUUUUAAUGCUUCCAGUUGUGUUAAUUCAUCAGUAAAAAAUUAUAUUUACAUUUUUGAUAUGUACAGUCACACUUAACAUAUUCUAUGCUUUUUAUUACUUAUUUUUUGGCUUAAGGUUAUGUUAAUAUUUGUAAUUUAUUUGUAAAUAUGCAGUAACAAAAGACCACAGCAUACAUACAACAUACUGCUCAGUUUCCAGAGGUGGCGCUCAGUCUCCACUCUGUGGUGUAUUCCUUCUUGUGCACAUUGUGGAGCAGUUGACGUUGAUUAUACUGCAGUUCUAAUGGACUUGUGUGUUGCUCCCUGCACCUCUCUUUUCUAUGAGAUGAAUUCAGGGAAAUCGCAUGAAGACAAUAUAAAUGUUAUUGAAAGUUGGAAUAUAAAGCAUUUGUAUUGCUCUGUUGUACAUUAUUUUCUCAAUAAAUAAUUUGUACAUUU